GGAGCACAAACGCGGAAAAGUGUCCUCCCGCGGCACUGCCCACGCCACCGACACGUCUCCACCUGCUUCUGCUUCUCCCCUCCCCUCCUCCGUGGGCCCGCGGACUCAGCCAGCAUUUCGUCACUAUUUCUCCACCGAGUAUCCAGCCAGAGAGUAUAUAUUUUGCUGUUGUAACUGCAACCUCCAACCGCAAACGUUUAUUCUUUCUCGUUUCUGCACUUUACCAAGUCAAAGUUCAAAGCGCAACAAUUUAUUGAGUGAUUCAAUGGAGUUCAAAUUCCGAUCGGUGGACGAGAGGCCGCCGCCGCCUUCUCCCGCCGGCUGCUACUUCUCCUGCUACCAACCCGCAUUCGGAGGCCAGAUAGCUAUGUUCCGAAAUCCGGAUAUGAGAUUGAACCUGGACCCGCUCCACAACCCGAGGUCCGUCCACGACGAGAUGAUCGAGCGCCAGCUGGAGAAGGAGAGGAUCAGGGAGGAGAUUAUUGCAGCGGAGAUUGUGCGAAGGCAGGCUCUCGAAGCGGAGGUGAGGAGAGAGCUCAUGCUGGAGCGGGAAAUCGCUAUGCGAAGACCCUCUGUCGAAGGUCUCGGUUUUGAUCAGGUCCGGUUCGGGGCGGUGCGAUUCGACCAGAGAGUCCACCACCCCUUCGAUGAUGACCAGUUCGGAUUGUUUGCUUCUCUUGCGCCCGCCGCAUUCGAUAGGGGAACGUGGCGGCGGCAACAGGAACCUUUGACCAAUGGCUUCAAGGCGAUUCCGGCUCCUCCUCCUGUUUCAGACCUCAACAAUAAGGACAAGUUGAUCUUACUGGCGAAACCUGACCCAAAUCUCUCCGGAGUCAGGCGGAAAACACCACCAACGGUGGGUGCUAGUGAGCUGCCUCCAUUUGGGUUGAAAAAGAAACCCAAAGAGGAAUGGAGUUGCGCCCUGUGCCAUGUUAGUGCAACAAGUGAGAAGGGCUUGAUUCAUCACAUUAAUGGUAAGAAGCACCAAGCCAAGGAAGCAAGACUGAGAGCUCAGAAACCAGGCACGAGCUCCAGCAAUUCAAAAUUGUCAAAGAAAGCUGCAAAGUUUUCUGAGCCCAAGGAGGUUAAUGGUAUCAAAAGCACAAAAUUAAGGGCCAAACAAGUAUGGAAAUCGGUUGACCACAAUGAAACCAGCGAUGUUUCCAACCAGAAAAUGCACAAACAGGGCACUUCAAAGGGGGAGACGCCAAUGUCGAAAGUCCAGUGUGGAGAGGUUCUGAAGAAUAACGACAAGGUUAAAAUAGUGGACGGAGUGGAGAGAAAAGAAGACGUAAAGAAACAAGAGUUUACGUUUUGGUGUGAAGGGUGUAAAAUUGGUGCCUUUACUCCAAAGGUGUGGUCGUCUCAUAUAAGAGGAAAGAAGCACGUUGCUAGGAGUCAGAAGCUUACACAAAAUAAUGCGCCGAUUGCAAGUUUCAUGGCAUCAACUGAGGCCUGUAAGGAGGAAGAAGAUUCUGAUGCGGCCAAAGAAGCGCAUGAGAAGAUUCCAAUAGCAACCCCCAUAGCAUCAGAAGGGGCUAGUAAGGAGGCAGAAGAUGCUGAUGCGGACAAAGAAGCGCACGAGACGUUCAAAGGCCUCAUGAUGAAGCUAAUGAGAAUGCAUAAUGUUGCUCCGGCGAAACAAGCAAAUGACAGUGCAGAAGUUGUUGCGGAUACAGAAAAAUGAGCUGCAUACCCGAUGAUGAAUAAGUAGCAGAAGAGACUGGAGAGAUUUAGAAAUGAGUUUGUUCUAUUCUUUUUAUUUAAAAUUUCGGUUUGUAGUGGCAUAGAUUAUUUUCUGUGCACCAUUUUCUCCUUUUACGCGCCUUUCUUUUAUUCUCGUCUUUGAAUUAAAUAAAUCAUUAGAAGCGUA